CAGGCGGUCGGUCAGUCGGAGCUCAGCGGGAAUCGAACCAGCGACCUGCUGAAAAACAUUCAGCUCAUCUUUGCUAAGGAGGAGGACGAGCUGCAGCUGGUGAGGGACAGAGACAGGUGUGUGUCUCUAUGGCGACAGAUGUGUGUGUGUUGCUGAGCGUGUGGGUCGGUGUGUGCUUGGCGUUCAACCUCGACACGUCGUUCCCAGUGCUGAAGACGGGCGGAGACGGAAGUCUGUUUGGAUUGUCUGUGGCUCUGCACCAGGACCUGAAGACAGACACCUACCUGCUAUUGGUUGGAGCUCCCAGGGAGAAGGCGGAGCCUAAUGUUCCAGCUAAUCGAACAGGAGGGGUGUACAGCUGCCCGAUCACUGCUGACCAAUCAGAUUGCAGCAGGAUGAAGCUCAUAGACCCAGACCUGGACCUGUCUGAGGACCUAAUUGAGGACAUGUGGUUGGGCGUCUCAGUAGCCAGUCAGGGUCCACCGGGGGGGCGGGUCCUGGCGUGCGGUCAUCGCUUUAUUAAACUCUACGGGGCGUUCAAACUGAGACACAUGAUUGGCCGCUGUUAUCUCCGUGGAAACGACCUGCAGUACGAUGAGACGGACCUGCACUGGCAGAAAACCGACCAGCCCUGCAGUCACCUGGGUGAUGUCAGCAGGGAGGUCAUGUGUAACAUGGGAGUUUCUGCCGCCAUCACGCAGACUGAGGUCAUCGUCGGAUCACCUGGAAGCUACGAGUGGCAAGGAAACGUCCACAUCUCCUGGAUGAAUCCAGACGUGACCUUUGACACCCAGAGGAGCUCCUUCCCCAACCUGCAGCGCCGAAACAUUUACAUCGGGUAUUCGGUGACUCAGGCUCGUCGUCUUCUCUCUCAGGACGAUGAAACCAUAGUAACAGGAGCUCCUAAGGACAGUAAAGAGGACGCCCGCGGCUCGGUGCUGCUGGCGGUGAAACGCUCUGAUAAACUGGUGACUCAGCAGACUCUGCGCGGCGAACAGAUGGGUUCGUACUUCGGUAACGCCGUGGCAACCGCCGACCUCAACAAUGACGGGUGGAGCGACCUGCUGGUCGGCGCUCCGUUUUACUUCCACCGCCAGCAGGAGGCGGGCGGUGCCGUGUAUGUUUACAUGAACGUAGGAGGCCGGUUUGACUCGGCGCCCAGCGUGGUGCUGAGAGGACCGGCUGGGUCGGCGUUUGGGAUGGCCGUCACCGCCGCCGGAGACCUGAACCAAGAUGGCUUCCAGGACUUUGCAGUCGGAGCGCCGUUCCACGAAACAGGAAGUGUGAUGAUCUGGAGCGGCAGCAGCGAGGGGGUCUCCACAGAGCCCAGCCAGGUGAUCCACGGUGGCGCCAUCUCUCGCGGGUUCAGGACCUUCGGCUACUCGCUGUCUGCAGGAAUCGACGUGGACCGAAACAAAUACCCGGACCUGCUGGUCGGCUCUCUGGACGACACCGUCGCUCUGCUCAGAGCUCGUCCAGUGCUUCACCUCAAUAAAACCAUCAGAGUUUCUCCGGACGUCGUCGACCCAAAAAGCUGCGACUUCUGUGUGCAGGUGGAGGUGUGUUUCUCGUACCUGUUGAGCAGCGGUGAGCGGAGCGACAGAGACAUCAUCACCGUCCACUUCACCGUCACCGCCGACGUCACCAGCCUCAAGCCCCGCCUUCGUUUCCGUGACAACGGGCAGAGCGUGUACUCUGGUUACCUGUCGAUGCCGAAGAAACGCUGUGAAAGCCUGAGAGUCGGACUGCUGAGUUCGAUCAGAGACAAAGUGGAACCUCUGGUGUUCUCCCUGAAUGUCUCGCUGUAUGAGAAGCUCCCCAAGAAGAGAAACGCAGUGCAGGACCUGAGACGCCUCCCCAUACUGAGCCAGACACCCCGACCCGUCAGAACCCAGAUCCACAUCCAGAAGGCCUGCGGUUCUGAUAACCGAUGCCACAGUAACCUGCAGAUGACGGCCCAGUUCACAGAUGAGAACCAGAACCCGUUCACCAGGCGGGGGGGCAGUCAGCUGUUGCACUACAACAGCAGCAUCACCCGGCUGUUUCUGGAGGUCAAUGUCAGCAACACGCCGUCUCUGGGGCGACCAGCAGAGGACGCUCACAACGCCAUUCUGAAUAUCAGCAUCCCGCCGCCACUCGUUUACUCUGCAGUCCGGACCAAGGGGCACUCGCAGGCGGCGGUGAAGUGUUCUGUUGAGGAUGCCGUUCUCCUAUGUGAGCUGGGGAACCCGUUCAGAAGCAGCCAGCAGGUUCAGGUGUUGAUCAUCUUUCAGCCAUCUGAGGUCAGUUUGGACACCAGAGAGAUUCAGAGUCUGCUGCAGCUGUCCACGCUAAGCGAGCAGACGGAUCUGUCCCCUGUCUCUGUGUCCAUGUUGGUGGAGUAUUUUCUGCAGACGUCUCUGACUCUAAUUGAGCGUCCAGGCCCCACCACCUUCAGUGGUCAUGUGACGGGCGAGUCGGCGAUGAGGCGGACUGAGGACGUCGGUAGUCCGCUGCUCUUCACCCUGCAGGUGCACGUCAACGGGAAGCCCCUGGGUCGCCUCGGCAACCUGCAGGUGGAGUUUGAUUGGCCGAGGGAGGCGGCCAAUGGGAAGUGGCUGCUGUACCUCACAGACAUCCGAGUAAACGGCACGUCAGAGGCUCGCUGCGCUCCGCCCGGAAACAUCCUCAACCCCCUCAACCUCACGCUGUCAGAGGAGGAGAAGAGGAGGAGGAGGAGUCUGGAGGAGGAAGAGCAGAGAGAAAGGACACCUGUCCUCCACCUGCAGGGACAGAAGAAGAUGUCCUACACUCUGGACUGUGUGCACGGGGCUCGCUGUGUGACCUUUGUGUGUCCGCUGAUGGACAUAACGAACUGGGCGACGGUGACAGUGGCAGCCAGACUCUGGAGCUCCACCCUGCUGGAGGACUACAGCGAUGCCAGGAGCGUGGUGGUUCGAGGCCGGGCGACUCUGAAGCUGCAGACUGACAAACCAACCAUCAGCAUGGAGCCUCACAGCGCAGAGAUGGAGGUCCACAUCUAUCCGGAUCGGGGGCAGCGGGUGGACUCCGGCGCCCCCCUGUGGAUCAUGGUGGUGUCUGUCCUGGCUGGAGUCCUCCUGCUGGCUGUGAUCUGCCUGCUGCUCUGGAAGUGCGGUUUCUUCAGGAGAGCUGCCACCAGAGAGAUGUACCAGGCCAAGACCCAGAGAGCCCACAUGAAGAGCCAGCCGUCCCAGAACCAGAGGCCGGACCAGGAGCUCUAAAGGCCGGGCAGACUGCUGCCCGAGAGCCCUGCUUGUGGUUUCUUUGUGCGUCGGAGGGCGUGGCGGGCCACGGCGCUCCACCAGGGGAGGAUUGUGGGUAAAGACAAACAGCAGCAGCAAAUGGACGCAGACGGUUUCCUGAUCCGGGACGACGUCUGCUCGUCCAGAAACAGGAAGUCACCCAAACACUGGGUCACCUCCUGGACUGAGACGCCCUAAGAGAAAUUAACAGUAUCCAUGGAAACACAUCCUUAACUGGAACAACCCGGACCAAACUGGACCGUCACACCCUGAACCAGACCAAACCAGACCGGCACGUCCUGAACUGGACCAAACAGAACUGGCCCACGCUCUACAGGACCAAACCAGACCGUCACACCCUGAACUGGACCAAACCGGGCUGUCACUUCCUGAACUAGACCAAACUGGACUGUCACACCCUGAUGUGGGCCAAACCAGACCGCCACACCCUGAACUGGACCAAACCGGACCGUCACGUCCUGAACUGGACCAAACAGAACUGGCCCGCGAUGCACUGGACCAAACCAGACCAUCACACCCUGAACUGGACCAACCUGGACUGUCACGCCUUGAACCAGACCAAACCAGACUGUCACACCCUGAACCGGACCAAACUAGACUGUUACACCCUGAACCGGACCAAACUAGACUGUUACACCCUGAAACGGACUAAACCGGACCGUCACGCUCUGAAUUGGACCAAACCAAAUGCCAUGCGCUGAACCAGACCAAAACAAACUGUCACAUCUUGAAACGGACCAAACCGGACUGUUGCGUCCUGACCCAGUCCAAACCAGACUGUCACACCUUGAACCGGACUAAACCGGGCUGUCACACCCUGAACUGGACCAAAACCUGCUGGACUGUGUGUCUGUGUGUGUGCUGUUGUGUGAAGUGGAGAUUCGUGUUUAUUUGAAUGAAAAUCCUAAUUUUCAAUAAUGUAAAGUGAUUUAUGCUCAUUCGGCCUCAUGUAAGAAAUUUUCUCUGAUUUCUGCUCGUAUCCAGAAUUUGUUCUUAUGUUGUUGGUAUCUGCUGAUUUUGGGAUUCAUCAACAUUUUCUUCUUCUUUCUCUGCGCUCAGAGAAGAUUUUACGAUUUUGCUGCAUCUGGAGUCGACUUCUCUGAUAUUCUUAGCUGAAAAUUAAGAGAAAUUUCAGAGAAUGUUGCUGCAUAAGGCCCAAUGCGUUUAUCUGUUUUUGGAAUAUUUAAUUUUUAUGUUUUUUCAAUAUCUGAUUUGCUGUGUGAACUGCAUUUCCCAGCAUCCUCCUGGCCUCUGAGUGAGAUCACAUAGAAAGACAAACUUCUUGUUGUGAUCCCAUCUGUGUUUUCUCAGGCAGUGAAGAGGGUUAAAUCAAAGGGUUAAAUCAUAAAAACAUGUACUGAUCAUCACUAUGAAGUUUAAAGUUGAAGGAUUUAAAGUUGAAGGGCUAAAUAGAGAAAAAGGUGAAAUGCUCCUUUAAGAACCAAAGCAGAGGUCAGUGUCGACAGGUUUCAUGUGUCAACGUGUUGUGACGAUGUCGUGUUUCAGUGCUGCCUUCAAGGGCUCCUUGUAAACUUAGUAAAAAUAUUGAUGUUGCUUUCAGGUCCUAAGGGUUCUUAUAAGGAAAAAUUGUUGUACAUUUUGUUUUUCAGAUUCAAAAUAAUCCGACCGACUUGAAGUUUCCUCACAAACACGUCUCUUCUUCUACAGAACUGUUUUUGAGUAAGUGUUUUUUUCUUUUUUUGCUACAACUUCUUAUACAAUUGUGAUAUUCUGACAGCACAUGAAAGCAGCAUCAGUUUGUGUAUGUCACCUGUGCUCAGAUUGUGUAGAUAUGGUUUGUCAGCAGUUUGUGUGUCAGUAUGUUUUCUGUAUGUUCUCUAUAUUACAGUCAUGUUUUCAGGUUCA